AUGGUCUACUUUGUCAACUGGUAUGGCAGCCCCAAUUUCCAUGCGAUUGAAGCCUUGGCAAGCCUGCCGCAGCCAUGGCCGGAUCAGAUUGAACGAGACGAGAUACUGAUCGUAAACAUUUGGAAAAACAUUACGAAGGGGAUUAGGACCUAUCCCCUCUCUCUAGCUUGGCUCGAAAGCGAUAAAGAUAAUGCGUUUGGAUGCGUUAAGCAGCUCUUUCUCCUGAAAAAGGCGCACCGCAACCUCAAGGUCCUGCUAUCCAUCGGCGGCUGGACUUGGUCUACAAAUUUCGCCACUACUGCAGCUAGUGCCGCCGGUCGAUCUACCUUUGCCAAGUCGGCAGUCACUCUUCUGAAAGACUGGGGCUUUGAUGGUAUCGAUAUCGACUGGGAGUACCCAGCUAGUGAUGAAGAUGCAGCCAAUAUGGUACUCCUCCUCCAGGCAGUUCGGAACGAGCUCGAUGCCUACGCUUCUAAGCACGCACCAGGAUAUCACUUUCAGAUUACCAUCGCCGCUCCAGCGGGCUCGAGUCAUUAUAACAAGCUACGGCUCGCAGAUCUUGGCCGUAUAGUCGAUUACAUCAAUCUUAUGGCUUACGACUAUGCCGGAUCCUGGAGCUCUGUAGCUGGUCACAGCGCUAAUCUCUAUGCAAACACAGAUAUUCCCCAGUCUACUCCAUUCAAUACUGAUGAUGCCGUCAAGGCCUACCUUAAUGCCGGGGUACCUUCUCACAAACUCAUCCUCGGCAUGCCUGCGUAUGGAAGAUCCUUCAUCGGUGCAUCGGGUAUGGGGGAACCGCACUCAGGCGUAGGCCUUCCCAACAAGGCGCUAGGUAGCUGGGAGGCUGGUGUCUGGGACUACAAAGCUUUAUCCAAACAAGGUCUCGAAAUAAUGUACGAUGAGAAGGCGCAAGCAUACUACGGCAAGUAUCAAUCUGGAGGAGGCAUCUGCUCGUACGAUACUCCAGAAACUAUCCAGAAAAAGGUGUCCUACUUGAAGCAGCGAGGCCUGGGAGGGGCUAUGUUUUGGGAAGCAUCAGGAGAUGGGAGAGGACAAGAAUCGUUGGUGGGAAUGAGCUUCAGAUCUUUGGGAAAUCUCGAUCAAACAGAAAACUUGCUUGUUUAUCCUGAUUCAAGAUACAAAAACAUUGCUUCCGGCAUGGAAGCGGCGGUAUGA